GACAGAGUCAACGAAAGCCCUAAUUCUCUGACACAGACACACUACUAUCUCCAGUUUCAUAAUCAAUCAUUCGGUUCGGUUCCGUAGUUUUUAUCUGCAUUAAUUGGUAUUUUGCUAAAAUUGGGAAAUUUAAUCGAAUCUUUUUUUUUUAAAUCAUCCAUCCUCUAAAGCUCUCCCAAAUUUCUAGGGUUUAGGGGUUUUCCCCUGAAUUUGAAUUUCCCAGAUCUCAUCAUCUAAAAACUCCAAAAUCGGUUGAGGAUUCUCAUCAAUUCCAGCCAUGGCGGAUGAGAAGAACGGUGGACGUCUGAGUGACGCUAGUGACUACUCGUCAGAGGACGAAGGAACAGAGGAUUACAGGAGAGGAGGCUACCAUACGGUUCGAGUCGGUGAUACUUUCAAGAAUGGAUCUUAUGUCAUUCAGAGUAAGCUUGGUUGGGGACAUUUCUCCACUGUUUGGCUUACUUGGGACACUCACAACUCUAGAUAUGUGGCUUUGAAAAUCCAGAAGAGUGCUCAGCAUUAUACUGAGGCAGCCAUGGACGAGAUAAAGAUAUUGAAACAGAUUGCGGAAGGUGAUGCUGAAGACAACAAGUGUGUUGUGAAGCUUCUUGAUCAUUUCAAGCACGCAGGUCCUAAUGGGAACCAUGUUUGUAUGGUCUUUGAGUAUCUGGGAGACAACCUCUUGUCUGUUAUCAAGUACAGUGAUUACCGAGGGGUUCCUCUUCACAUGGUUAAAGAGAUCUGUUUUCAUAUUUUAGUUGGUUUGGAUUAUCUUCACCGCAAACUCUCGAUUAUUCAUACUGAUAUCAAGCCGGAGAACAUUCUGCUUUGUUCCACCAUUGAUCCUGAAGCAGAUGCUAGGAAAGCAGGUACUCCUCUUGUACCUCCAACGGCGAAGGACAAGAAUGUUCCUGAGAGACUGGCUGAGAAAGACAAACCAAAGAGUUACACGUACGGUGAGGAUUUGACUAAGAAUCAGAAAAAGAAGAUUCGUAAGAAAGCUAAGAAAGUGGAAGGUUCAGAGGAAGAUGAGAGAGAUACUAACUCCGAGGCAAGACCAAAUGGAGCUUCAACUGUGGUGGGGUCGGAAGAGAGUUCGGAAAGAGUAAAAGAUGCAGAGAAUGAUAGUCAAAAGAGUCGGGGAAACAGGAGAGGAAGUCGAUCCACGAGGCAAAAGCUACUUGCGGAUGUUGAUCGAAAAUGCAAGUUGGUGGAUUUUGGGAAUGCUUGUUGGACUUAUAAACAGUUUACGAGUGAUAUACAGACGAGACAUUACCGGUGUCCUGAGGUUGUUCUUGGCUCAAAAUACUCAACCUCAGCAGAUAUGUGGUCAUUUGCUUGCAUUUGUUUUGAGCUUGCCACCGGAGAUGUUCUAUUCGAUCCUCACAGUGGUGAAAACUUUGAGCGGGAUGAGGAUCACUUAGCAUUGAUGAUGGAGCUUGUUGGGGUGAUGCCAAGAAAGAUUGCAUUAGGGGGACGCCAUUCGCGAGAUUUCUUCAACCGACAGGGUGAACUGAGGCACAUCAGGCGGUUACGGUUUUGGCCACUUAGCAAGGUCUUAACGGAUAAAUAUGACUUCAGUGAGGAAGAUGCAAUUGCUAUGCAAGAUUUCAUCAUUCCUAUUCUUGGAUUUGUACCUGAGAAGAGACCAACGGCUGCUCAGUGCCUAACGCACCCAUGGAUGAAUCCGGUCCCUAGAUCAUUGAAACCGUCAUCGAGUCCACAAAAACCCAAAGAAGAAGAAGAAGCAUCAGAUGAGGAUAAAACGAAGGUAAAGGAUGAGAGGGAAGCGAUGGAGGUUGGUGUUGGGAACAUCGCCAUUGAUGGCUCGGAACCAAAGACCUCAGCAAGAGAAGGUCGUCAAUCUGCUCGUGACCUUCGCACUUGAGAAAACAUAAUUACGGGAAAAAUUUUGUAUGUCUUUGAAUAUCUUCUCUGGGAAUCGAAGAUUUAGAUACUGUGUUGUUUUAUUCUCCCUUCACUAUUGAAAACAAAAGAUUUGAAAAUUCAUUUGCUUUUAAUACAAGCUUAUUAAAUGA